UCUGGAUUUGUGGUAUGCAAACUCUUAGUUGGGUCAUGUGGGAUCUCAAAAGAAGAAAUCCUAAAUUGCAACUGGGGUCCUUGCUCAUAAAAGUGCCUGUGUCACUAAUAGAAGGCUGGAGAACCAGGAUUCCCUUCAGGUCUCUGGGGCAACAGGCCAGGUGACCAAUGAACUCUCGUAGGCCUAGGCUCAUUGUUGGAGGUGUAAAUGUUGCUAUGACUACUGAAUCCUUGGUGACUAAACAGAAAUGAGAGCUUGCUCAGUCUCCUAAGACUACAUCAAGCAAGUCUUUAGACAUGUCCAUGGAAAAGAUCGGAAAAGUAGAAGAGCAUUUUCAAAGGGCCCUGGGACUUAAGAAGAUGGUGGAGAGGUGGCAAAAUUCACACAAGAACUGUCUGUGGCAGAUAACAUUAAGCCAGAGGAGAAACCCAUAUGCUGUCCUAAGGAUGCAGGACACCAUGGUACAGGAGUUGGCACUGGCCAACAAGCAGUUGCUGAUGGUCCGUCAAGCUGCCCUGCACCAGCUGUUUGAAAAGGAGCAUCAGCAGUACCAGCAAGAACUAAAUGAGAAGGGCAAAGCUUUUUACGUGGAGAGACUCUGA